ACUAAAACGCAGAUUAUUUACAGCCUGCGAGAACUUUGAUUGAUCCAUGGAACAUCAUCUUCAGCCACUCGAUUGGGAUUUCUGACCACAGCUUUUGUAUUGUUGACUACUCUUGAGGGAUCUACUGUAAUUAAACACUCACUGAGCAUGCCUCGGCUUGCUGCUCGGCUCGCCAGAGUGCUUAUUCAUUUGCACUACUAAUUUUCCCCGCGGUAGUUCUGCUGAAACUAUUUCUUUGCCCUGUGUCUUGUGGGAAACACUGUGGCCAAGUUCAAACUGUUGACAUCUGCCACAUUUUCAACAUGUGAUCUCCUUCUGGGUUUAGAAAUCGCUAACAAAGGUGACCCUGCAGAGCCAUGCACGUUCCUCAUCUCUUCUGAAAUAAAAUCUACACAGUAAACGAUUUCAACCUUCAAAACAUUCCCUCACUUCCACGAUGAGUGACACAAACUACUGGGUUGUGGACUAUGAAGUCUCCUCUCCUGCUCCGCCCGGGUUCCCCAGGGGCCCAGCAGUGCUGCAGCCCACGGCAGGGCACCCCGAGCAGGGAACGGCCCUGUGUUUCGUUGGCCUCCUCGUGCUGCUGCUGCUCUUUCUGGUUGUCCGCUGCAUCCGUAUCUUAUUAGACCCGUACAGCAGCAUGCCGGCAUCCUCGUGGACGGACCAUAAGGAGGGGCUGGACAGAGGACAGUUUGAUUAUGCGCUGGUGUGAAGAUAAGGGGUGAUCGGGAGAUGGAGAGAGGGAUGAAUUUGGAGAUAUGUAAAGGUUCUUUUGAGGGACUUUUGAUGGAUGAUGUUUGUUCCGUGCCCUGUUCAAAGCUUCUAUUUCCAAAGUUUUCAGCUCCUGAAAAUGAAAGAAACUGCAUGUUGGUUGUUUGGAUGGGGUACUGGAAUGCAAUGCUGUAAAGAUAACAGCAUAAAAAUAACAUUAAACUGUAUCUGUAUGAGGAUUUAAUUCAGAGAGAAAUGGAGGAGACAUACCGGAAGUCCUGGAUCCAUUUUAAUUCACAGUAAUUAAUGAUUUAUUGGAGACUUAUGGUGUCUAUGAUGUCACACUGCAGCUUCUAGAGUAACACUGCAGGAAGACAGUGAUCAGUAUCGCAGCAUUACGUUAAGACUCCUGUUUGUCAUGUCAUUUUGUAAUUCUAUAAUGUGUUUACAAAUCCCAGGGCUGAAUUAUAAAUGGAGAGCAGAGCUGCUGCAAGAGAGGCUCUGAUUGAAUAAAAGAGAAAUCAAAUAAGUUUAGGGCAGACAUGGAAGUCAUUUAGACAGAAUUAAUACGCAUUAGUACAGCAGAUUUAAAGCAAGAUUGUCAACUGUAUAUGCCAUUUUACUGUUAAAAUGUAAAAAUGACAGGUUUGAGCCUUUUUUGGAAAUGCAGCUGAACCAAGAAUUCAGAAGAUGUCGUAGUUUCUCUGAAACUGGAAACCUUUUAUUUUUAAUGUGAACUAUGCUGGAUAUUGUAAGGUAUUUGUACCACCUCUAACAUGAUCCUCAGGUAAAAUGAUUCCUAACUAACCAAAGCCUCUAUAAUUCAAGGGAAUCACUUGAUUGUUUGUUGUCUCUAUUUUCUUUCAAAUUCACUGUGUCCUAAAUUUCAAUCUUAUCUCACUAUGAAAGCUGAUGUUUUAUAAUACAUAACAGUUAACGCAACAUAUUUUUAUUUGAGGUUUUGCUAUUUCAUGUCGCAAUGCCUUUAAGAGGCUUACGAAGCUCAGUUGUGAUUAUGAAAUGCAUGUAUACCAAUUUCAUCUCCCUAAUCCUUUUUGCCUUUAGGGUUAGUGCACCAGCCAAAUCAGUUCACAGUGAUAACACUCUGUCAGUGCCUGUAGGAAUAUGUGAAAAGCUUAUAUCUAUUUCAUACUAAUCUUACCUUUUGCCACUUGUUUUGUAAUAUUGUUUCUGCCCUUAUUAAAGUGAAAAGUCCUCUCUUUAUAAAAAAAAAGGUUAAGUAUUGAUAUUUGAUUGAUUUGUUAAAAAGUUGAUUUGUUUCAUUAAUGAUGACCAAAUGACUGUUUAUCAAUACCAACCUAUUGCAUAUGGUCCAUCUUCCUGGAUGUAGACUCUUGGUUGUAAAAAAAGUUAUUUUCCUAAUGUUUCUUUAAACUGGCAUUCCAUUUUUUAUUGAAAUAAAAAUCUUUUAUCUUGA